AGUGCUGGAUGUACUUACGUACACAUUGUACAGUAUGAAUUCAAGUAAUUUUUUAUUUUGCGUCGGAAACUGCUGGAUGUAAGUUUUUUCGUGAUUUAUAUUUGCGAAUGAAUAAAUCAUCUGAGAUCAGACUGUGAAGGGAAAUGGGAUUUCGUUAGGAAAAGGUUGGUGAAGUGGAAAGUUGGGAAGGGUAAUAUUGCGAUUGUCCGAAAUGGCGGUCGCCGCUCUCACUAUGGACUCGUCUGCGCCGAUCCGGACGGUGAAACGGGUGCAGUUUGGCAUCCUGAGUCCGGACGAAAUUCGCGCGAUGUCGGCGUCGGAAGGUGGGAUCAAGUACCCCGAAAUCUACGAACAGGGUCGACCCAAACUCAAUGGACUGAUGGAUCCGCGUUUGGGAACUGUGGACAGGAUGAUGCGGUGUCAGACGUGUGCUGGCAACAUGACGGAGUGCCCAGGGCAUUUCGGUCAUAUCGACUUGGCAAAACCAGUAUUUCAUGUCGGGUUUCUAACAAAAACGAUCAAAGUGCUCCGCUGUGUUUGCUUCACUUGUUCCCGUUUGUUGGUGAACCCGGAAACAGAUGCAAUGAAACGAGCCAUAGCACUCUCCAAGGGAAAUCCCAAGAAGCGCCUCCAAGUGGUAUACGAUAUUUGUAAGUCCAAGAGUAUUUGUGAGGGUGGGGCGGAGUUGGACGCGAAAAAACCAGACGAUGGCGAUGGUGCACCGGAAGAUGCCACCAAGAAAAAAACUGGAUUCUCCGGCUGUGGACGCUACCAACCGCGAAUAAAGCGCAGCGGUUUGGAUCUUUUUGGUGAAUGGAAAAAUUUGAAUGAAGACAACCAAGAGCGGAAAACUCCAAUCUCUGCAGAUCGAGUGUUGGAAAUUUUUCGGAACAUUUCUGACGAAGACUGUGUUCUGCUGGGUUUUGACACAAAGUUCGCUCGACCGGAGUGGAUGGUUAUUACUGUACUGCCGGUGCCCCCGCUUCAAGUUCGACCUUCAGUUGUCAUGAUGGGAUCUGCUCGUAGCCAGGACGAUCUCACAUACAAGCUGGCAGAGAUUGUGAAAACCAACAAUCAGCUUAAGCGAAAUGAGGCGAGCGGAGCUGCAGCGCAUGUGAUCGCUGAAGAUACGAAAAUGUUACAGUACCACGUGUCUACUUUGGUUGAUAAUGAUAUUCCUGGUCUUCCAAAGGCCAUGCAAAAAUCUGGGCGCCCGUUGAAGUCUGUCAAGGCGCGUCUCAAAGGAAAGGAAGGUCGUCUCCGCGGUAAUUUAAUGGGUAAACGGGUCGACUUUUCGGCUCGUACUGUAAUCACCCCAGAUCCCAACCUACGUAUCGAUCAAGUCGGAGUUCCGAAAACCAUCGCUCAGAAUCUUACUUUUCCUGAAAUUGUAACACCGUUCAACAUCGAAAAACUGUACGCUUUGGUUUACCGUGGACACAAUCAACAUCCCGGCGCGAAAUACAUCAUCCGAGAUAAUGGUGACAGAAUUGACCUCCGAUUUCAUCCGAAAGCAAGUGACUUGCACUUGGAAUGUGGUUACAAGGUUGAACGUCAUAUAAACGACGAUGAUGUCAUUAUUUUCAACCGUCAGCCAACGCUGCACAAAAUGUCUAUGAUGGGGCACAGAGUAAAAAUUCUACCUUGGUCAACGUUCCGUUUGAAUCUUAGUGUUACGACUCCGUACAAUGCGGAUUUCGACGGUGACGAAAUGAAUUUACAUGUUCCACAAUCUAUGGAAACCAGGGCCGAAGUUUCAGAAAUCAUGCUGGUACCGCGGCAGAUUAUUACACCACAGGCAAAUAGACCCGUCAUGGGUAUCGUGCAAGAUACUUUGACAGCCGUGCGGAAGAUGACAAAGCGCGAUGUAUUUGUUGAUAAAGAACAAAUGAUGCAGAUACUAAUGUGGCUGCCUAGCUGGGAUGGCAAAAUCCCAAUGCCAGCCAUUCUGAAGCCGAAACCGUUGUGGACCGGAAAGCAGAUUUUCAGCUUAGUAAUCCCUGGACCCGUAAAUGUCAUCCGUACCCACAGCACUCAUCCGGAUGACGAGGAUGAUGGCCCCUAUAAAUGGAUUUCCCCUGGUGAUACUAAGGUGUUGAUUGAGCACGGUCAGUUAUUGAGCGGCAUUAUCUGUAAAAAAAGUCUCGGGACGUCAGCUGGAUCGUUGAUUCAUAUCGUCUUUCUGGAGUUGGGCCAGGAAAUCUGCGGGAGAUUUUUGUCGCAUAUUCAAACUGUUGUGAACAACUGGCUGUUGCUGGAAGGCCACAGUAUCGGCAUUGGAGAUACAAUCGCUGAUCCACAGACAUACCGCGACAUUCAGGAAUCAAUUAAAAAAGCCAAACAGGAAGUGGAGGAAGUCAUUGCAAAAGCGCACAACGAUGAACUCGAACCAACUCCAGGCAAUACGUUGCGGCAGACCUUCGAAAACCAAGUGAACAGGAUUCUGAAUGAAGCUCGUGAAAAAACUGGUUCAAGCGCUCAGAAGUCCUUAUCCGAUUAUAACAACUUCAAGGCUAUGGUCGUCGCCGGAUCGAAAGGCUCCAAGAUCAACAUUUCCCAGGUCAUUGCUUGUGUCGGGCAGCAGAACGUGGAAGGAAAGCGGAUACCUUUCGGCUUCCGACACCGUACUCUGCCACAUUUUAUCACGGAUGAUUACGGGCCAGAAAGUCGUGGUUUUGUGGAGAAUUCCUACUUAGCAGGAUUGACACCGUCAGAAUUUUUCUUCCACUCCAUGGGAGGUCGGGAAGGUUUAAUUGAUACAGCCGUGAAAACUGCUGAGACGGGGUACAUUCAGCGGCGUCUGAUUAAAGCCAUGGAGAGCGUCAUGGUGCAGUACGAUGGAACGGUUAGAAAUGCCCAUCAAGCGAUGAUCCAGUUACGGUACGGCGAAGACGGUCUGGACUCAUGCGCUGUCGAGUUCCAAAAUCUAGCCACAAUGAAACCCAGCAAUACUGCUUUUGAAAAGCGUUUCAAAAUGCAGACCAGCAACGAGAGAUAUUUGAAGAAAUUGUAUGAGCCGGGUGUGGUCAGUGAUAUUUUGGCUAAUCCGGAUGUACCUAACAUUUUGGAACAAGAAUUCCAGCAGAUGAAGCGUGAUCGUGAGACUAUCCGGAAGAUUUUUCCCACAGGUGAAUCGCGUGUUGUGUUGCCGUGUAAUCUUUCGCGUAUGAUAUGGAACGCACAAAAGACUUUCCACAUCAACUUGCGUGGAACAAGUGAUCUUCAUCCUGUUCGUGUUGUGGAAGGUGUCUCGGAGCUUUUGAAGAAAUUGGUGAUCGUCAAGGGAGAAGAUCGAUUGAGCAGGGAAGCACAGGAAAAUGCUACAAUUUUGAUUAAUACCAUGAUUCGUUCUACUCUUUGCUCGAGGAAGAUGGCUGAGGAGCAUCACCUAAAUACGGAAGCAUUCGAGUGGUUGUUGGGUGAGAUAGAAUCCAAGUUCGCGCAAUCUCAAGCCGUGCCGGGAGAAAUGGUGGGUGCACUGGCUGCUCAGAGUCUGGGAGAACCGGCUACGCAGAUGACUUUGAACACCUUCCAUUAUGCCGGAGUCUCUGCUAAGAACGUAACCCUUGGUGUGCCGCGAUUGAAAGAGUUGAUUAACGUAAGCAAAAAGCCGAAAACACCAUCGCUGACCGUGUUUUUGCUUGGCCAAGCAGCGAGAGAUGCAGAAAAAGCCAAGGAAGUGCUGUGCCGGCUGGAACAUACGACCCUUCGUAAAGUGGCUGCCAAUACCGCUAUCUAUUACGAUCCCGACCCGCAGCAGACAGUCAUCCAGGAAGAUCAAGAGUUUGUAAAUGUGUAUUAUGAAAUGCCCGAUUUCGAUACUUCCCGCGUUAGUCCCUGGCUACUGCGCAUUGUAAUGGACCGUAAACGUAUGACGGAUAAGAAAUUAACCAUGGAAAGUAUAGCUGAGAAAAUCCAGCAAGGAUUUGGCGACGAUUUGUUGGUCAUCUUCAACGAUGACAAUGCGGAGAACCUGGUUAUGCGCAUCCGUAUCAUGAAUAAUCCAACGGAUGACAAAAUGGAUGAUGAGACGAGGGAUCAAGUUGAUAAGAUGGAGGAUGACAUGUUUUUGCGGUGUAUCGAAACGAAUUUGUUGUCCGAUCUGACAUUGCAGGGAAUCGAAGCGAUCAGCAAAGUGUACAUGCACUUGCCACUAGUGGAGAAUAACAAGAAACGCGUUGUUAUAACGGACGAAGGAGAAUUUAAAGCCAUUUCAGAGUGGAUUCUGGAAACGGAUGGUACCAGUUUGAUGAGGGUGUUGGCUGAUCGAGAUGUGGACCCCGUCAGGACUGUUAGUAAUGAUAUAUGCGAAGUGUUUGCGGUCUUGGGUAUCGAAGCGGUUCGUAAGUCGCUGGAAAAAGAAAUAAAUCACGUCAUUUCUUUCGAUGGCUCUUACGUGAAUUACCGCCAUUUGGCACUUUUGUGCGAUGUGAUGACCGCUAAAGGGCAUUUGAUGGCUAUAACCCGCCAUGGCAUAAAUCGGCAGGAAGUGGGACCACUAAUGAAGUGUUCUUUCGAAGAGACUGUGGAUGUGUUGAUGGAAGCCGCGGCUCAUGCAGAAUGUGAUUACCUUAAAGGUGUGUCGGAGAAUAUCAUGCUUGGACAGCUGGCUCGGCUGGGAACGGGAGCUUUCGACUUAAUUCUGGACCCCGAUAAGUGCCGACAUGGUAUGGAGGUACCCAUGAAUAUCGCCAAUUUGGCUCACAUUGAAGAUGGAGCGGGAGCUUUGUUGGACGGAAGAAACGCGCCACUGACACCUUGGCUCAAUGCUGGCACGCCGUCAUACAAUCAGGCUUGGUCACCAUUGGCCGCCGUCACGCCAGGCCAUUCUGUAUUUUCACCGAUGCCUAACAUGAGCCCGAUGAUGACACCUCGGGGAGAUGGCGGAGCAUCGCCUUGGUCCCCUGCUGCCGGACUCAUGUCACCGGGGCCUUCCAGCCCGAUGUUUCCAAUGUCGCCGAAUCCGAGUUAUUCGCCUUCAUCGCCAUUGCAUGUCGGGCCAAGCAGCCAUUACUCUCCUAGCUCGCCUGUGUAUUCUCCAACUUCUCCAGCUGGCGCAUCUCCAAAUUAUUCUCCGACGAGUCCCAAUUACAGUCCAACGAGUCCAUCCUACUCACCUGUCAGUCCACGGCAUUCGUAUUCGCCAACCUCGCCGAGCUACAAUGCUUUAUCUCCUAGUGUUGGAGCCGGUGGACUUGGAGGAGCUUCGCCAAGCUACAGCCCUACGUCUCCGCGCAUUGGAUAUUCUCCAACGUCGCCUAGCUAUAGUCCAACAUCGCCACAGAUGUACAGCGCUGGCACUGGAUCCCCGACUUACAGCCCUUCAAGUCCGGCGUAUUACUCACCAACAUCUCCACAGUAUUCUCCGGCUUCUCCAUCGUACAGCCCCACAUCACCGCAGUACAGUUCUCCAGCAAGUCCGGCGUAUUCGCCAAGUUCUCCAGCAUAUAUUUCACCAGCUUCUCCAGUUUAUUCACCUUCUUCACCCUCCUAUUCGCCGUCGCAGAUUUCACCGGCCAGUCCAAGUUACCAGUACAACGACUAAGGGAGGAAUGAUGUGGAUAUUUGAAUUGUUUAGAUUGUUAACAGUGAUGUAUUGAUUUGGGUGAAUGCAGUCGAAUUCGCGCAUCUGGCAUUCGGUUUUUACUGAGAUAGUUUGAAUACAUGAUCUUGUGGCCAAAGGUCAUGGUUUUUGGUUUUUAUGUUUAAGCGGUGUUCUCCAUAAUCUGAUCUAGGAAGACGGCUAGAUAUCGUAUUUUUACUUGUAAAUACUUACAAAAAUUUGAAGUCUCAGUUUAUUGUGGUUAUUUGUUUAUAGCAGUGCAAUUUCUUUCACUACUGGAGCUCUGAAAAGCAGUUUGGUUUCUGUUGUGGUGUUGAUGAUUGGUUAUGGAAUGGUCCAAUCUAAAUGUCGUUUUCUAUGCGAUUGCGAAUAAUGAACCUGCAAAUUCGGUU